AUGUCAAUGUGGUUUGAGCAAAUGAUGCAGAAGGGGGCAAUAGUGACUGGACCAGCACUUAUGGAAAAGGCUCAACAAUUUGCUGUAGAUUUGGAUGUCCCUGACUUCAAACCAAAUCCUGCACCGCCAAAUGGAUCGUAUGUUAAAGUUAAAGGUGUCAAGACACCAAAAGACCGAAUAACAUUGGUUUUUAUAUGCAAUGCAAUUGGCUCCGAUAAAUUUGCUUACUCAAUCGGCAAACCAAGGCGUUUUCGCGGAAGAACUGUGCCCAUAUCCUAUACGUUUAACAAAAAGGCUUGGACGACCAGCAGUAUAUGGUGUAAAAUCAUUAAAGAGCUGGAUGAUAAACUUAAAAAAAGGAAAAAAUUGCUGCUGAUUGAUAACGCUUCGUGCCACAAACUAGAGUUCACACCAAAAAGUGGUAUCGGCAUGUACCACAAGCAUAAUUCAAGCAUUAGAUCAAGAAAAUGCCUAAUUCGGGAACAACUAUUAGCGAUUGAACGUGAUUAUAUGGAAAAAUUCUUAAGAAGCAUUUCAAUUUUAAGGGCGUUGUAUAUCAUUAAACGCUGUUGGUGGCUUGCAACACCACAAACGAUACAGAAUUGCUUCAAAAAGGCUGGGAUUUUCAAGGAUGAUGAAUCUAAAGAACCUGACAUCACUGAAAAUAUCUUGGACGAUGAAUACAGCACCUUUUUUGAAGAAAUGUCUGAUUUGGAGAAACAUGAUUGCUUUGGUACCUUAAAUGAAACUGAAAUA